AUGGAUCUAAAUGCUCAAUCAGGAGCAAAUCGAAUGCCGCAACAACAACAGAACGAUGAUCAGCAUCAAUUUAUUGAUUAUUCACGUUUUUACGAAAAUUUAUCACCAAGAAAAAUCAUUCUCCUAACCUUAUUUCGUACCGGAUUAACUCAUCUGCAACAACGUUAUACAAUAACAAAUACACCGAAGGAUGGUGAAGAAUUAGCGUCUGUUCCAUCUUUCCAUUUAUCCUCCACAGACACUUUGAUAUCUUCAUUAUUAUUGUUUUUAACUCGGGGUUAUGAAUGGAAUUUAACUGAUUUAAUACAACAUUUAACCAAAGUUAUUCCUGAUAAUGAAAUUAUUGCAGAAUAUUGCAAAAAUGUUACAUCACUCGGACAAGGAACGAUGACUGAUUUAUGUAAAUUAUUUCAAGAUUUAGCAAAAUUUAUACAACCACGAAAUGCUGCUACUAACAGUACUACCGAGAAUAAUAAUGAAAAAAUACAAUUUCAAGUUAAGGGAUGGAGUCUUGUUGGUCUUUUUCUUCGUCGAUAUAUUUGUACGUUUGAAAUGAUAUCACCAGCUAUCCUAGAACAAUUGGUUAAUGAAGUUAGAGAAUAUAUUACUGCACAAGAUCAGUGUAUAUUAACCACCACAGUUUUUAAAUGUCCUACUCCAUCUUCUGUCGAUAAUCUAGAAAAUAUUACAGAUAGUACUACUACUGCUCGUCUUAUGACAAUAGCAAAUAAAAUGACAAUUCGUGAAUGUUAUAAACAAACACUGGAGAGUCGUUCUCCUUGUCAGAUAUAUAUACCAGUUUCUGUCAAACAGGCUGAACAUUUUCUAACAAAACUAGCACUAAAAAUUGAUGCCGGUUUAAUGCCGGAUAGUGUUGAAUCCAAUGUUCUCACAUCAAUUGAAACAACCUAUCCUCAAUUGAUAGAAACACCAUUUGUUCAUUAUCUCAAAGCGCGUUCGAAAAACAAUUUUUCUAAGGCAAAUUAUCAUCUACAUCAAUAUUUUGAUAAACAAAAUGGUUUACAAUUAUCAUCAGAUAUUGGAGCAUUACACGUAUCUUCAUUACUUUCACAUUAUAAUUUCAAAGUUGAUUCAAAGAAUGCUCUUGAAAAUGGUAUGGCAAUGUCAUUAUUACGCACAGAAAAAGAUAUAAUGCCAUUGUGUGUAGAUCGUUUAAUAUCGAAUGCGUUAAGCAGUUCGGAAAAAGUUGAUAAUUUACUUCUUCUUGAUAAUCGAUAUUUAAGACAAUUGGACAAUUCAUCAGCUUCUCAGUUAACACUGGAUGAUAGUGUUUGUAGUGAAAGUUGGCCAUCGGUUCAGCUAAUUAGCCGUGGCAAUCUUCCAGCUGUCUUACAACGUAUCGAUAUUGAUUUUGAACGUACAGAUGUCAAAUCUCGAUUUAAUUGGAUUAAUCGCGUUGCUGUUCAUUAUUUGAAUAAAACAGCAUUCUGGAAUCUUGCACAAUACAAUGACUUUAUUCUUCUUUAUGCAUCACUUGUAUUGGAUACUGCUCAACGUCAACAUUUAUUGCAUACAGAUUAUUACGCUUUAGCUUGUUCCUAUUUGACCAUGGCUAUUCUUAAUCAUGGUCGAUAUGCACAAGCACAUGAAAUGAUUGAGCGUAGUACAAAAUUAGUUAAUUUAUCGUCGAAUGCAUUAAAUUUAAUUCAAAUGGCAAAAGCUGAUAUUCAAUUUAUCUAUCAAUGUCGAACAAAUGAAUGGGAUCGUGCAUUGAUUACUGCGAAAACAUUUUCCGCUUAUUCACAGAUCGAAUACGAAAUUAGACGAGCAAUGUGUUUACAUAAUUUAAAUGAACUUGAAGAUUGUCAGAUAGAACCAUUAAGAUUAUACAAAUCAUUGAAUACAGAAAAAGUGUCCGAUUUAAUUGCUCGUGUUAGAUUACUAUUAUUAUUAACGGAAAAUUGUGCAAAGAAAAAUGAUCUAGUCCAAAGUCUUGGAUUUUUAGAUGAAUGCAAACAAUUAUGUGUAAAAUAUAGUUUAAAUCAUUAUGAAAUUUUGUGUACGUUAUAUGAAAUUCAAUUGAAAAAACAUUCUCCAAAUUUAACAGUUGAAUCUGUACGUACAUUGAGUUAUUGUUUGACAGAAUUACUGAAACAUGGUGAUCAAUAUAGUAUCGGACGAUGUGCAUUGCUAUUAGCCAAAUAUUAUUUAAUUGAAUCUGAUGAUUUUUAUAAUCCAAAUGAAGCAAAAAAUCUCUUAUUAAAAAUGAAUAGUAAUCAUGGAAAUGAUGCCAUUGUCUCGCAAGAAGAUGAAAAGCACAUUAUUAGUAGUCAUAUAAACGAUGAUCAAAUAAUAUCCAUGAAAGUUAGAGAUUUAAAUGCACUAUUGAAAACGAUGCAACCAACUGAAGCACAAAUCGUAAAAAGACGUCGACGUAUUCUCAAAAAUAAAGGGUACGCUGCAAGCAGCCGUAAUAGACAACUAUCAAUGGUAGAAAAUUUAUCUGUUGAACGGAAUCAAUUAGUAAAACAGAUCAAUCAUUUGCAACGAGAAACAGAUGCACUCGAUUUACAAUUACGAGCCUGGAAACAACGAUGUGAUGAUUUGAAAUUAUAUACGAAUACAGAAUCAAUUACUAAUGUGAAAAAUUAA